CACACAUGACGUAGAGCAGGAAGUAAAUAAUGACUUUCGUUCCCGCGCAGUACGACAGCCACAGCAAGAAGUUAGCAGAUUAGUUGCUAACCUGACACGGAGUAAACAAUGGAUGAGCUUUAUCUAGAUAACAUCGACGAAUAUGUCAACGAUCACAACAAGAUAGUGACCUAUAAAUGGCUUAGUCUUACCCUCGGGGUCCAUGUAAAUACAGCGAAACAAAUGCUCUUCCAUUACCUGGAUCACAAAAGAAAAGAGAGCUCAGCUCCGCUCCACGCUACAUACCUAGUGACGGGUAAAUGGGUCGAGAAUGGAAACACGAGUCACAAGGUGACGGUGGUUAGAGAGGAGCAGUUGGAAGAUGUCAAGUCCAAGAUGAGCUUGACGGUCAGUGUCCACGUGUACAGCGUCCAGAAAGCUUCCCUGAAGGACAGCGGCCCUCUUUACAGCGUAGACUACGACGCGGUCAAAGACAACCUGAACAGCUGCAGCAGGUACAGCGCCAUCAAGUGUGCCGACGCCGUCCCCUUUGCGCCAGGGGACGCGCGGCCGGCGGGCGACAGCCUGCAGUUCCCACCGCCGGAUCCUAACCAGAUCAGAGCUCCUAGUUUCGACGGGCCAGGCAACCAGACCGCCUCGAAACCAGCCGCCAAGCCGCAGCCCAAAGGCAUCAUGGGAAUGUUUGCGAGCAAGGCUGCUCCCAAAAAGCAGGAGCCUGGAACAGAGAUAAAGGUGGAGCAAAAGGAAGACACUACUACGGCUGAUGUGUCCAAAAGUAAGUCAGCCUCCAAGGGCAGUACUAUGAGCAACUUCUUUGGGAGUCAAGCGACAAAGCGAGCAGAGAAAACGGUGAAGGAAGAGGAGACGUCAUCGUCCUCGGUGAAGGAUAAAUCUGAGUCCUCCCCUCCAGCGAAGAAAGUGAAAGAGACGCCAAACGAGGAGAAGGUUAAAGAGACUCAGCCAAAGGAGGAGAAGGUUAAGGAGACACAGCCCAAGGAGGUGAAGGUUAAGGAGACUCAGCCCAAGGAGGUGAAGGUUAAGGAGACUCAGCCCAAGGAGGCGAAGGUUAAGGUGACCAAGGAGGCCAAGGUUAAGGAGGCCAAGCCAAACGCAAGGAGUAAAUCCAAGCGCAAGGAGCCGUCGGACAGCGAGGAGGACAAGAUGGAGACGAAGAAGAGACGCAGGAUUAAAAAGCCUCAGUCUGACAGCAGUGAUGAUGAUGACGUCAUUCCAGAUUCCCCGAAGCAGCAGGAGAUGCGGAAGCCCCCGCCAACCCCGGAGCGCCUGCUGAAGGAGAAGAUUGUUUCGCAGCCUAACGAGUGCAAGAGGAGGAAGAGGAGGAGAGUCAUGAAGUCGCAUACCUUUAUGGAUGAAGAAGGAUGCAUUGUGACGGAGAAAGGCUACGAGAGCGAAUCCUACUCGGAUAGCGAAGACCACGUCCCGUCAGCCAAAGCGUCCAACGUGCCCGCGAGGGCUGCAACCGGCAAGAGGGAGGACGAGAAGAAGUCUAAGAAGAAGAUAUCGCCCCCGGCAAACAAAGGCACCAAGCAGGCUUCCAUCAUGGGGUUCUUCCAGAAGAAGUGAUGAUCUUUGGGGCGGGCGUGGCAACACUUUGGGUGACAACAUGUUGGCUUGGCACCCCUGUGACAUAAGGAUCUCUUGGUCCUCGCAAUGACUGGGAAGCGCGUUCAGGAACUACUUCUUGAACGUAGUUUGGAACAGCAUGUAUACUUGUUUGUAUCGUAGGUCAAGUGGUAGGUGAUUAGAGUCAACAUGCAUUGCUGUCUAUUGAACACACUUUUAUGUGGCUGUUGGGGGUGAUUAAGUAUCGCUGAGACAUGCUACUGUUUUGAAGAGCGCAAGAACCUCCAAAGGUUUCCUAGUGUGGUCUGCUAAAAAGGACCGCUGCCGAAUGCUGAAUUGCUGGGUGAAGGUGAUCCUUCUUUCUCUGCACUGUAGGCUGGUAAGGUUGUCUGCAGGGAUUACCCUGAAUCAACUUGUGUCAACUCGUAGUACUCGUGUCAACUCGUUUUUUUCAUUUAUGUAUGAUGUAUUUUAUAUUAAAUACAGUGUAUAAAAUAUGGAAGGAUCCAUUGGUCAAGGUCGACAUGUUUGAAUUCAUUAAACUAUUUUCUCAUAAA